UUGCUCAUGGCAGACGUAAUGAACCCGGAACGAAGCGGAGCCGGGAGCCACGCUCCGCAGGGACCCGUGGGGGUGAUGUGAGAAGGAGCCCGGAAUGCCGUACCUGGACCGGCAGAACCGUAUCUGUGGCUUCCUGGACAUUGAGGAAAAUGAGACCUGUGGCAAGUUCCUGCGCAGGUAUUUCAUCCUGGACACCCAGGCCAACUGCCUCCUGUGGUACAUGGACAACCCCCAGAACCUGGCCAUUGGCGCGGGAGCCGUUGGGUCUCUGCAGCUCACCUACAUCUCCAAGGUCAGCAUCGCCACCCCGAAACAGAAGCCCAAAACCCCGUUCUGCUUUGUCAUCAACGCCUUAUCCCAGCGCUACUUCCUCCAAGCCAGUGACCAGCAGGACCUGCAGGACUGGGUGGAAGCUCUGAACAGGGCCAGUAAGAUCACGGUGCCAAAGGGUGGGAGCAUCCCAGUGGCCACAGAGAUCACGAAGCCUCCAGUGGUGCUGCAGGCGCAGGAGAGGAAGCCACAGGUUGCCUACAAAACAGAGAUCAUCGGGGGGGUGGUGGUCCACACACCCAUCUCCAUCACCCAGAACGGGGGGGAUGCAGGGGAUGGUGGUGAUGUGGCUGCGCACCCACUGCUGCGGCGCUCGCAGAGCUACGUCCCCCCCUCGGCCACCAAGGCACCGGCUGGGCCACCCCCGCUCAAGAGUGGCUACUGCGUGAAGCAGGGGAACGUGAGGAAGAGCUGGAAGCGCCGUUACUUCGUUCUGGAUGAGUUUUCCAUCAGUUACUACAAGUGUGAGCAGGACAAGGAACCCUUGCGAUCCAUUCUCCUGAAGGAUGUUUGCAAGACCCAUGAGUGCCUGGUCAAGUCUGGCGACCUCCUGAUGCGGGACAACCUCUUUGAAAUCAUCACAACCUCCAGGACCUUCUACAUCCAGGCAGACAGCCCUGAGGACAUGCACAGCUGGAUCAGAGCCAUCACAGGGGCAGUCCAGGCCUUGAAAACCCGUCCCAGGGAGAUGUCCUUCAUGCGAUCCACAUCCAUGGGGAGACCCGGGGGCUCCUCAUCCCAAUGCCAGCAGAGGCCGGUGGUGGAGGAGCGGAGGGUGCUGGGCCGGGCCCCCACCAGCUCCUCCUGGCAGCCCUGGACACCAGUGCCGGGGAAGCAGCCGGAGGUGCUCCGGGACUCGCUCUUUGCACCGGUCCCUAUGGAGCACGGUGCCGGAGCCGCACCGGGCACCCGCGUGCGGCACAAGUCGGAGCCGCAGCAGCUCAAGGAGAAGCCUUUUGCCUUCGACCUGGAUGAUGAGAGCAUCCGGACCUCUGAUGUGUGAGCGGGGCCAUCCCUGGCUGCCGGGGUGGGUUGGGAUGUGCAGUGUGCCCAGGAUGCUCCAUGUGUGCACUCAGGACCCAGGAUGCUCCAUGUGUGCACUCAGGACCCAGCUCACCCCCAUCCUCUCAGUGGGGUGAAGUGGCCCCAUCCCUCCAUCACUUGUGAUGCAGGAUCCGGCUGGACCCGCAUCCCAGCGCCCUGGGGAGCCGGGUCCUGCCUGCUCCCCACCCAGUGCCUCCGUGGUUCAGAAGCUGCCUCUGUGCUGGUCCCCAGCAUGGCCUGGAUGAGAGGGGGCAUCUCCUGCAUCCUCAUCAUUCCCCCUCCAGAACCAAGCAUGGAGGAAGCAUCAGGAGGUCUUGGAGGUGGGAAGGGGAGUGUGGCCUUUCUCCUAUUUGGGACAAACCCCAUUUUUCUCCCCUUUUGUGCUGCUCAUCAGCUGGGCAGAGCUGCCUGUGCAAGGACACAUUCCCUAAGAGAGCAGCUCUGCGUGCUCUGGUGCAUUAACAUCCUGGUUGGCUUUUAAUGAUACCCUUUGGAACCUGUGGCCGCUGUUAAACCCCAGCCCUGGCUCAGCUCCUCCAAAAGGCUUCAUGGUACCUCUGGAGCAGCAGCGGCUCUGGGGAUGCUCAGGGAUGGAGUUGGUUUUGCUCUGGGUACCAGGGAGCCCUGCCUGGGGUGAAGUGCUUUGAGCAAACAGCAAUGAAACGGGUGUUUAAUGGCACCGGGAGGCCUCAUUGCUGCUGCCUUGAUGUGAGAAUGAGCACAAGUCUUUAGAGCAAUGUGAACUUGGCAUCUCCAUACCCAAAACAGCUCCUGUAGCAGGUGUGAUAAAUAGUGUAGAUUCAGGUAUUCCCUGGGCAAUGAGAUUGUUAUCCUCAUCCUGAAAAGCGUGUGCAGUCCUUGGGUACCAGUGAGGAUGCAGCUCCCCAUCCCUGCUGUCAGCAUCAGUUGUGUUGGUGUGACCUGAGGCCCUCAGGGCCGUGGGUUGAUGAUCUUGGUCAUGUCCUUGCACUGUGGAAAGCAGCACAUGGAGGGGUGGGAAAGGUUUCCUCUGUUCUUUUGUUUUCCUUUCUUUUUCCUUGUCACAAUGUGUUCUCAGCUCAUAGAUCCGGUGUGUCCCUGCCCUUCCCAGGGCUCCAGCUCAGCCUGGCAUGGGGCAGAGCUUUAGCAACUGAGCUCUGAUGAGCCUGAGCUUAGCAAGGUUAAAACUGCAUCUGCCUGCAUCAGGGGGGGGGGGGCUAAUCCAGCCAGGCAGCCUGGGGAGGCAGUGACAGGACCCCCUGUACACUCAGGGGGUGCAUGGAGAUGCUGGAGAACACUGAAACUAUGAAAGCAAGCAGGAAUCAAUGCAAACGGGACAGGGUGAGUGUCUGUUAUUUAACUGUAGAACCCUCAAUGAUGCUCUUCCUUCUUUUGGCUUUAUUUGUACCAGCGUUUGAGAUUUUAGGCUGGCUUGGCUCCUGAUGUGAUGCUUCAGGAAUGGGUUAGGGAUUGGGUCAAUCCCAGUCCCAGCACUCGGUGCUAGUGCUCUGGCCUCCUUUCUGGAUGCCCCACAUGCAGAGGGAUGGGGUUACCUUGUGCCAGGCUUCAAAGCUGUGCAGUACCAAGUGUUGGUGUUGCUUGGUAAUUGCAAAGCUUCCCGGGGCCUGGGAUGGGAAAGCAGAAGCUUGUUGCACAAUUAGGGUUAAUUAUCCAGGAGGAGAAACUACAGCAGCUCCAUUGCUGUUGCAACAUCCCUGUUUCUCAUUCCCACCCUCCCCACAUCCCCAGGACAACGUGAAGGCUGAAUGUGAGACAAACGUGUCCAAAGCUGAGCCAGGCUCCAGCCUCGCUGUAAUAUGGGUGGUGUUACAGGGAGGAAUUUCUCUCCCAUCCCAAAGGACCAAGCAAGUGCAAACAGACCCCGAUGGAGCUUUGUGGUGAUGUCUGAAGCAAAAGUGCUGUCCCCAUCCCUGUGUGUGCUGUGGGUUUCCUGCUUUCCUAGGGAUGCAUGCAAGGUUUGGGGUGUCUGGUGUGGGGAGAGGGGUGUGCAGAUGGGUUUGCUCUUUGCUGUGGGAAUGGCAGGGUGGUUUCAGCCGUGGAUUCAAGUGCUCUUAGUGCCAUGUGCCUCGCGUGAACAGUGCUGCAUGGUACCGGUACCCACCUCCAUCCCUCACCUGCAACUCCUGCAGGAGAUGGAACUCCCCUUUUUUCCCUGUGUUUUUGAAUAAAGAAGGAAAUCCCAGUUGCUUUCCUAG